AUGCAAUUCACUUAAUCUCCUGCUGUUUCAGAGCCAGUGCCUAAUGGAAAAUACUAAGUGUUCAAUGGAAAUAUAGAAGGUGAAUACAUUUCUCUCGAAUAAGGCAAGCAUAUUGAGUUGAGAUGGAGAUUUAAGGAUUGGGAAGUCUACUCUCAUGUUGACAUAAAAUUAGAUGAGGGAGAAGACGAGGAUGAAUGUGAAGUGAGUGUCAUUCAAACAGAUAUCCCCACACAUGAUAAAUAUUUGAAGAAUGUGCAUCUUGAUAACCUUGAAAAUGGAUGGAGAGCUAACAUCUUUGAGAGACUUUCCAAGGUAUUUGGAUAUGCAUUAAAAAAAUGA